ACGAAAAUUACACAACCUUUAAGAUUUUCAGCAGCGAGAAAAGACAAUUGGGUAUAGCAACAGUCUCACUGUUCAGUCAUCUUAUCUAUCAAUCAAUCAAUCAGUCGGACUGUUCGAUGUGGGUUUGAGAUUUUAUAAAUAGGCCCAAUCCAGCCCAAUGUCACUCCUACCUCCAUACCUCAAUCGUUUUUACUUUACAUAAUCAAUUCAUUUGCAAGUGAAGCGUGAAUUUUCUCCAAAGUUGACGCCCAUAGCACAACACUAGUUUUUUUCUUGAAUGGCAACCGAGGAACACUGUAUUCGCAGAUAAUGACACUGACAACCGACAACAUUGACAUUUAAUCAUUACAAAGAUAUGACACUGACAAGUGACAACUUUGAAAAUCGGAAGGGCAUUGUUUGUAAAGGUGAUGUGCUUUGUCUAUAUAACAAUAUUAUUAUCCUCUUAGAUAAAUUUAUAAUUAUUUCACAGUUGAAAAAUUAAAUUUUAAGUUGAAUGUAUUAGUCAAGACGGCCAUGCCUCAGAUAUUUCAAGUUUUGAGAUGCUACAAAUGUUUCGUCUUUCAGGUUCACCAAACCAAAAAGUCAAAUAAAUGGGAAUGUAAACUCUGUGGCGAGAAACAAUCUAUAAAAAGGCAUUAUGGUAUAGGAGCUGCUAAAGACUGUAGAUUACAUGUUCAAAAACUAAAUACAAUGAGAGGAGACAUAGAUAAUAAGAAAACCACAGAAGAUAUAGACAGUGAGGAUGAAGAUGUAUCUGAGCCCAGGCAUCUUAUAUGCAGUCCUGUAGCACAAAGUAAAUGCAAGCCUGCAAGCACAAUUAGUAAAUGGUCUAACUUUUUAGAUGACCCUGAAAUCGUUGAAGAACCUGCUAUUGAUAAUAUGAAACUAGGAGACGCUGAGGUGGUUUUUGAAAUUCCCAAAAAGCAAAGGAAAGCAGUAAAAAGACAAUUUAAUAACAGUAAUCAUAAAGAUUAUGAGAAUCAUAAAGACCUAGGUCCACCCAAAGCCAUACCAUUCUCUAACACCAGUACUAAAUUAAACUCAUUGCCACUAACUUCUAAUUCAGAAAAUUUCAUAUCUCAAAUAGAUUCUACAAGUAACACUAAGCCUAAUGCAAAGAGGAAGUUUAUUCCACCUACAGUUAAUAUAAAUUCGAAAUGGGCUCAAUUUACCGAAGAGACCGAGGAAUGUGCAAACACAGAAUGUACAAAUACUUCACAGAGUUUGGGUAUGUCACAAAACAAUGCUAUGUUCUCGUUAUAUGAUGAUACUGAUCUUGACAACUUACUGAACAUUUAAGAAUUUAUCAUCA